UUACUAAUCAGCUAUCAGUUUAUCAGUUCAGUAGGAGCUCUCAACUUCUCUCUAUCUCUCUUCAAUGGAUGCGAGCUUUUAUGCUCGUUCUCAAACAGUAUCUUUAACAUCUAGCUUUCUACCUCCUUUACGUUCGUUUCUAUCACCUAAUUAUAGUCUUCGAUUAAUCGAAUUUCCAAGUUGUGGACGCAAUCUAAAACCACCAGAAUUUCGAUACCGAAGAAAAUGUAGAAACGUAUUGUUUCGAGUUCAGUCAUCUCGAUUUAUGAUCAGAGCUCUAAAUUCGCAGUCGAAUCUCAUCUUAAUUACAAUCAGCGUUUCCGCCCUUGCUGUUGUGAUGUUCGCUCGUUGUCAAGGAAAUAAGAGGAAUAUAUCUGAGAAUACUGCAAGGCAGGAUUUUGAGUCUCCCAAUCUUGAAAGAGAUAAACAAUAUUCUGUAGAAAAUGAUGCAAUGGAAGAAAUCAUGGAAGCUGGAGGUGCAACAAAAGAAAGAAAGGAAUUUGGAGAUGAAAUGAAAGAAACUAAGGAAAUUGGAGGUGCAGCAACAGAAACAAAGGAAAAUGGACAUGUCUAUGAAGAUGAGGCAAUGCGUGUGCAAAUCAAGGGAAAUGAUUUUGUGGAUGAGGAAGAAAAUAUUGCAAAUGGUUUAACAAAAGAAUCAAAGGAAAUUAUUGCAAAAGAUUCAACAGAAGAAAGAAAGGAAAUUGGAGGUGCAAUGAAAGAAACUAAUGAAAUUGGAGAUGCAGUGACUGAAACAAAGGAAAUUGAACAUGCCUGUGAAGACGAGGCAAUGCGGGUGCAACUCAAAGGAAAUGACUUUGUUCCUGAAGAAGAAAUUAUAGCAAAUGGCUUAAAAAAAGAAACAAAGGAAACUAUUAUGAAAAGUUCAACAAAAGAAACACAGGAAAUUGGAGGUGCAAUGAAAAAAACAAAGGAAAUUGGACAUGCCUAUGAGGAUGAGGCGAUGCAGGUGCAACUAAAAGGAAAUGAUUUUGUGUCUGAAGAAGAAAUUAUAGCAAAUGGUUUGAAGUCACCUGCUUCCAGUACUACCUCUUCAACAGACCAUUAUUCUACGCCGAUACAUUCUGAGGUUGCAGAAGUGCUACAGCCACUUGCUUUUGCAACAAAAAUCUCUAACUUGCAGGCAGAGCCUGUAUCCGAGGUUGCAUUAAUUUCAUCCGAAUUGCCCAUGCUAUCAGUUGAAUCCAUCGCUACUGAUUUAUCUGUUCCAAUGGAUGUUUUGUCAGGAGGAGUAGAUGUUCAUAGGAAUGCAAUUCAUGAACUUGGUAAAAUGGACAAUACUAUGAGUAGUAGUUUUGUGUCAAGAGAAUCUUAUCGUGAUGGACUUUAUACAUUUUUUGAAGUAGACCAGUUAGGGGACAAAGAUAUAUUAUUGUCUAAUCAUGUGGAGAAGUUAGGGCCUCAAAGUACCAUUCAACGGCAAAAUAAAUUCUCUGCCCUUUUGAGGAAAUAUACAAGUGAUGGAAGGGAUAAACCAACAUAUGUAUUCAUUAAUAAUGCAGGAACAAAUCGAACUGGGGAUGACUGCAGACUUGCACAACUUCCCUCUCAUCUAAAUGGAAUGCCUGUCAAUGAAAGACAUUACAUUUCAAAGCAGAUCAGUUCCUACAAGAAUCUGCUAAAAAAUGGAAGGUUAAUUGAAUGCAUACAAUUGCUAGAAGAAUUGGAAAGAAAGGGUCUGUUGAAUAUGGAGAAGAUUCAUCAUGCGGAAUUUCUUAGGAUGUGCAAAAAGAAAAAGGCUGUAAAAGAAGCAUUUAAUUUCACGAGGCUGAUCCAAAGUCCAACAUUGAGUACAUUCAACAUGUUAAUGUUUGUCUGCGCAUGUUCUCGGGAUUCAUCAGGAGCUUUUGAGGUUCUGAACCUUGUUCAAGAGGCUGGGCUGAAACCCGACUGUAAGCUUUAUACUACUCUUAUAUCAACUUGUGCAAGAUGUGGCAAAGUUGAUGAAAUGUUCAAGGUUUUCCAUGAAAUGGUUAAUGCUGGGGUGGAACCUAAUGUUCAUACGUAUGGUACACUUAUUGAUGGUUGCGCUAAGGCUGGUCAAAUUGCCAAGGCAUUUGGUGCUUAUGGCAUACUAAGGUCUAAGAAUGUCCAGCCAGAUCGAGUUAUUUUUAAUGCUCUUAUCACAGCAUGUGGUCAAUCAGGUGCAGUUGAUCGAGCCUUUGAUGUGCUAGCAGAGAUGAGGGCUGAGACACAUCCAAUUGACCCUGAUCAAGUUACUGUUGGUGCUUUAAUAAAAGCAUGCACGAAUGCUGGACAGAUACAUCGGGUGCGAGAAGUUUACAACAUGAUUCAGAAAUAUAACAUCAAGGGCUCUCCAGAAGUUUACACCAUAGCCAUAAAUAGUUGCAGCCUUUCUGGUGAUAUGGAAUUUGCUUGUAGCGUGUAUGAUGACAUGAAAAGAAAUGGUGUUCUUCCUGAUGAGAUGUUUUUCAGUGCAUUGGUUGAUGUCAUGGGCCAUGCUCAUAAUCUGGAUGGCGCUUUUGAAAUCUUAGAAGAAGUAAAAAAGCAAGGGAUUCGGGAAGGAACCAUCUUAUAUAGCUCCUUAAUGGGAGCCUGUAGCAAUGCCAAAAAUUGGCAGAAGGCACUGGAGCUGUAUGAAGAUAUUAAAUCCAGGGGACUUAAAUUGACUGUUUCAACACUGAAUGCCUUGAUUACUGCCUUAUGUGAAGGGGAUCAAGUGCAGAAGGCUUUGGAAGUUCUGUCUGAAAUGAAGAGGACUGGAUUGCGUCCGAACAUCAUCACAUAUUCUGUUCUACUGGCAGCUUGUGAAAAGGAGGACAAUCUCGAAGCUGCACUCAUGCUCUACUCUGAAGCCAAAAAUGAUGGUGUUACUCCUAACCUUGUUAUGUCACGGUGUAUAAUGGCCAUGUGCCCGCGGAGAUUUAUGAAGGCUUGUGCACUUGGUGAACCUGUCUUGUCUUUCAACUCGGGGCGGCCACAAGUUGAUAGUAGAUGGACAUCGAUAGCCUUGAAGGUUUAUAGGGAAACAAUGAUGGCUGGCAUUGUACCUGGCGCGGAACUGUUUUCACAAGUCUUGGGUUGCUUGAGAUUUCCUUUUGGUGCUGGCUUGAGAGAUAGAAUGAUAGAGAAUAUGCAGGUCAGUGGUGGUUUGUCAAGAAGAUCAAAUCUUUGUUCACUGAUUGAUGGAUUUGGAGAGUAUGAUCCACGUGCUUUCUCAUUGUUUGAGGAAGCUGCUUCUCUUGGAAUCGUCCCAUGUGUGUCACUGAAAGAAAGUCCCAUCAUUAUUGAUGCCAGAGAAUUACAUAUUCAUACAACUGAGGUGUACAUUUUGACAGUUUUGAAGGGUCUCAAGCAUCGGCUUGCUGCUGGUGCAAAGUUGCCAAACGUAAGCAUUAUGCUGCCUUUUGAGAAGAUGCCCAUUCUGUCUCCCACUGGGAAUAAAGAAAUUAGCAUUGCAGGAAGAACUAGCCAAUCUAUUGCAGCAUUAUUGAGAAGACUAGGCCUAAUUUACGUAGGAAGUGAAGCAAACGGAAAAAUACGAAUAAAUGGGGUAGUUAUUAAGAAAUGGUUGCAGCCAAAGCUUCAUUCUCCUUUCGACAGGAAUCCAAUGGAGCUAGGCUCCUCACAAUCGCGUCUGGGCAAAGGAAUCAUUCAUCAGCAGCGCAACAUUAGAACGGGUAACUUAUCCUUGGACUAAUACCAUUUUUUUCUAAUAAUUUCUAUAUUCCACUUAUCUGGAUUAGAACAAAAUAGUGAAUAAACAUCUGAGAAACGGUUAUGAUGAGAUGAAAAUAAGAAGUAUUUGUUUACCUU